UGCUGGGCUCGGUGCCUUGCUUUUGAGACUGGACACAGACGGAAACAGCCACAGGGCAGACUGAGGUGGCAAAAGAAAAUCUGCCGCGAUGUUCAGUCAGGGACCCAGGACCCCAGCUUCAGGCUGCUACUAUCUAAAUUCCAUGACACCUGAGGGCCAGGAGAUGUACUUGCGAUUUGAUCAGACUACAAGACGCUCUCCUUACAGGAUGAGCCGGAUUCUAGCACGCCAUCAGCUAGUGACUAAAAUUCAACAAGAAAUUGAGGCAAAGGAAGCAUGCGACUGGCUUCGUGCUGCUGGGUUCCCACAAUACGCUCAGUUGUAUGAGGAUUCGCAAUUUCCCAUCAACAUUGUGGCUGUCAAGAAUGAUCAUGAUUUUCUUGAAAAGGACCUUGUAGAACCUCUUUGCAGACGACUAAAUACGUUGAACAAGUGUGCCUCCAUGAAACUUGAUGUGAACUUCCAAAAGAAAAAGGGUGACGACUCAGAUGAGGAAGAUCUGUGUAUCAGUAACAAAUGGACUUUCCAAAGAACCAGCCGCCGGUGGUCUCGUGUGGACGACCUCCACACGCUGUUCCCUGGAAGAGACAGAAAUGGGUCAUCGGGAGACAUUAGGAUGAGAAACACGACCAGCAGUGAAAGUGUCCUCACAGACCUGAGUGAGCCAGAGGUCUGCUCCAUUCACAGCGAGAGCAGCGGCGGGAGCGACGGCCGCAGCCAGCCGGGCAGCUACAGCGCCGGCCGGGAAGCCUUUGACUGCUCCGGGCAGUACUCCACUGACACCCCUGUCAUGCUGGAUGCCUCGUUGGUCAGCAGCAGCCUCCCGCAGUCCCCUAAAGACGUUCUCAACUACCCUUUCCACCCAAAGAAUGAGAAACCCACUAGGACCAGAGCCAAAUCAUUUUUGAAACGCAUGGAAACCCUGCGAGGGAAAGGAGCACACGGGAGGCAUAAGGGAUCGGGGCGGACAGGUGGCUUGGUGAUCAGUGGACCUGUGCUGCAACAGGAGCCAGAGUCCUUCAAGGCUAUGCAGUGCAUCCAGAUACCGAAUGGAGAUCUCCAGAACUCGCCCCCGGCUGCCUGCAGAAAAGGGCUUCCGUGCUCCAGCAAAUCAAGCGGUGAAAGUAGCCAAUUGGAAAACAGCAGCAGUGGGGUGAGCACGCCUGGCCUGAAGGAACGAAAAUGCCAGGAGGCCAACAAGCGCGGGGGCAUGUACUUAGAAGACCUGGAUGUGCUGGCUGGGACAGCACUGCGGGAUGCAGGCGACCAAAACCACACACAUGAGUUUCAUUCCCAAGAGAACUUAGUAGUACAUAUUCCCAAGGAUCACAAACCAGGAACGUUCCCCAAGGCGCUCUCUAUCGAAAGCCUCUCGCCAGCAGACAAUAGCAAUGGGGUUAACUGGAGGACCGGUAGCAUCUCCCUGGGCAGACAGCAGGGCCCUGGUGCCAGGGAGCCCAGGCUCAUGGCGUCCUGCCACAGAGCAAGUCGAGUCAGUAUCUAUGACAACGUCCCAGGCUCCCAUUUGUAUGCCAGCACAGGAGACCUUCUGGACUUGGAGAAAGACGAUCUCUUCCCUCACUUAGAUGACAUUCUGCACCACGUCAAUGGACUCCAAGAGGUAGUGGAUGACUGGUCAAAAAACGUCUUACCUGAACUGCAAACACACAAUGCAUUGGUUGGGGAACCUGGCUUAUGCCCCUUUCCAUCUCCUAAUCAGGUCGCCUUAGAUUUCGAAGGCAACUCUGUCUCCGAAGGGCGGACGACACCCAGCGAUGUGGAAAGAGAUGGAGCAUCUCUUAAUGAAUCGGAGGCCACUGGGGUCAGAGAAAGGAGAGAUUCUGGUGUAGGGGCCUCUCUGACCAGGCCAAACAGGCGACUCCGAUGGAACAGUUUCCAGCUCUCGCACCAGCCUCAGCCGUCCACAGCAUCGCCCCACAUCAGCAACCAGACAGCCGGCCAGCUGAAUCUGCUCCAGCGCUUCUCACUGCUUCGCCUCACAGCCAUCAUGGAGAAGUACUCCAUGUCCAACAAACAUGGCUGGACAUGCCUCUCCCCACAGUGUGCCCCAGGAGGCUUGCAUGACCUGGUUUCUGUGAAUUCUAGGUCAGUUCCAAAGUUCAUGAAGAGGAUGAAAGUUCCUGAUUACAAAGACAAGACUGUCUUUGGUGUUCCUCUCAUAGUUCAUGUCCAGAGAACGGGACAGCCCCUGCCUCAGAGUAUACAGCAAGCCCUGAGAUACCUACGCAGCAACUGCCUCGAUCAGGUGGGUCUUUUUCGAAAAUCAGGUGUGAAGUCUCGAAUCCAUGCCUUACGUCAAAUGAACGAGAACUUCCCUGAGAACGUCAGCUAUGAGGACCAAUCCGCUUAUGACGUGGCGGAUAUGGUGAAACAGUUCUUCCGGGACCUCCCUGAGCCUCUCUUCACCAACAAGCUCAGCGAGACCUUCCUCCACAUCUAUCAGUACGUCCCCAAAGAGCAGCGGCUGCAGGCAGUGCAGGCCGCCAUCCUGCUGCUGGCGGACGAAAGCAGGGAAGUCCUGCAGACACUGCUGUGCUUCCUGAACGACGUGGUCAAUUUGGUGGAGGAGAACCAGAUGACACCCAUGAAUCUGGCUGUGUGUCUGGCCCCCUCCCUCUUUCAUCUUAAUUUAGUGAAGAAAGAAAGCUCCCCCAGAGUCAUACAGAAGAAAUAUGCCACCGGGAAGCCAGAUCAAAAGGACCUCAAUGAGAAUCUGGCUGCUGCUCAGGGGCUCGCCCACAUGAUCAUGGAAUGUGACAGACUUUUUGAGGUCCCACAUGAGAUGGUAGCCCAGUCUCGUAACUCAUAUGUAGAGGCUGAGAUCCAUGCUCCAACUCUGGAAGACCUGGGGGCCCACCCGGAGGAGACCGGGGCAACUUUCCACACUUACCUGGAACAUCUUGUCCAGGGCCUCCAGAAGGAAGCAAAGGAGAAGUUCAAAGGAUGGGUCACGUGUUCCAGCACAGACAAUACAGAUCUUGCUUUCAAAAAGGUGGGAGACGGGAAUCCGCUGAAACUGUGGAAGGCUUCAGUGGAGGUGGAAGCGCCCCCCUCCGUGGUCUUGAAUCGUGUGCUGAGAGAGCGCCACCUGUGGGAUGAGGAUUUUGUGCAGUGGAAGGUGGUGGACACUCUGGACAAGCAAACAGAAAUCUAUCAGUACGUGUUGAACAGCAUGGCCCCCCAUCCUUCCAGAGACUUCGUGGUUCUCAGAACCUGGAAAACUGAUUUGCCCAAAGGAAUGUGUACCCUGGUGUCCCUCUCUGUGGAGCAUGAGGAAGCCCAGCUCAUGGGCGGCGUGCGAGCCAUGAUGAUGGAUUCUCAGUACUUAAUAGAACCUUGUGGCUCCGGAAAGUCGAGACUGACCCACAUCUGCAGGAUUGACCUGAAAGGUCACUCCCCAGAAUGGUACAAUAAAGCCUUCGGACAUCUGUGUGCAGCGGAAGUUGCCAGGAUUAGAAACUCUUUUCAGCCCCUCAUUGCUGAAGGUCCAGAAACUAAAAUCUGAGUUUUCCCCAGUGUGACAUCAAACUCAGGGAGGAGGAAGCGAAAGCAAACACUUGUGGGAGAGAGUGUGCUCGUGAGAAAGCAAGAGAGAGAGAGAAACUGAUUGACAUGGCUAACUUUUAAAAAUGGAAACACUGAUAAGUCGGAAUGUUGAAUUUCUGAGAACUUUCCCAGCCUUCCUGGAGAUGGCUAUAUCCCUACUAAUAUAAUAUUUUUAAAAAUCAGAACAUUUAUCUAUAUUACUUAAAAUUAAAUGGAUUAUUCCUUAUGCAUUGCCUAAUUUGCUAUUUAAAGGCUUCUAAGAAGCAUAUUCUGAACUGUAAAUAAAUGUAUGUAUAGCAUAUGUACAUAUGUGUGUAUAUCUCUAUCUUUACUGUAUAUAUGUAAAAUAUCAAUUUUAUAUAUAAUUGCAUCUUUUGAAAAGGAAGGCAUCUGACUCAGUGAGUCCCUUUCUCACGUGGUUCUUUCCAAGUUGCUCUGGGUUCCAUCUCCCCACUGUCCAGUAAGCUAAGCAGAAUCUGCUGCUAACACCCAGGUGUGAAAAUGUGUGGUCAGCCCAUCUGCCCUGAUGUUUAACCAAAGAUUAGCUAACCAAAGGAAAAUAGCGUUAAAAAGUUCUUCUGUGUCCUCUGUUUGUGUUCUUCAAAAACUGAGAGUGGAGUGUUGGAUAAAGCGAGGAAAAGAAUAUUUACUCCUCUUUAAAGCAAAUAAAUGGGUGAGAAGUCAUUACCAAAUUUGGGGCUAGAUGUCCAGUUGCCACUGGGCCCGGCCAGAUGCAGUUUCAGUGAAGUGUCAGAUGCGAUGGACCACUGGAGUCAGCGUGAGUGACUGAAACAGAACCUCUAUUUCCCUGCCGAUUAGAGCUGAAUAUAAUAGCCUUUGCCUAUUCACAGCCAAAGGGAGCCUGUGCGUUUUAUGAAGUUUUCAUAGAUACAUUUCACAAUGUUCUUAAAUGUCAUUCUAUUUGACCAGUGGCCUUUUUUGGUCACAGUUAAUUGGCAUUUUCUUACCAAUGUAUUGCACUGAAUUUAACUCUGGACACCAGACAAAGGGAGAUGAUGGUCAUUCAAGAGUCCCGGACCAUUACAGCUUCAGGGAAUUCUUAUUUUGCUACAUAUGAUGCUCUUAAGAUAUGAUUCAUUAAAGUUUUGCAAUCUGAAACACAGGGUUUUAAGCUAACAUAAGACCAAAACUAUGUUCUUUAAUUAGUUUUAGAAAAUAUAAACAGGUUUGUUGUGUCCAUAUUUCUUCCUUAGCCAGUCAAGCUACCUAUGCCUUUGACUCAACCUUAUUUAUUAUUGUAUAGACUAAGCAAAUUGACUCUUCUUAACCAAUUGCUAAUGGAUUUAAGUUGUUUUUUAUUAUAAUUCAACAACUGUAGAGAGGAAGAGAGAAAUAAUUUAUUGUGUUUGGUUUCAGGGAGAAAGAUUUUCUUUGGUAAUCCAUGAGAGACUGGUAUCAUAAUUUAGCAACUCGUUUUGGAGGAAAAAAAGAAAAAUUUAAAUGUGUUUUCCUUUGUUUUUGUAUUGUAUGCAUUUAUAUAAUGUUUUCUCUUAUCAGCAUUGUGCAAUUCUUGUUUUGAGAGGAAUAAAAAUGCUAUAUGUGAGUUCUGUAUGGUGCAAGGAAAAUCAUACUGUUUGAAUUACGACCUAGGAAUUUUUCAUUUUCUGGUCUACCUAAGAAGGUGGCAGCAAACCAUAAUUUUCCAUUUGGGCAGUGCUCUGUGAGCAAAACAAAUUCACUUCUGCCAUAUAUCUUAAAUUUCACCGUACAUGCUGGGUUACUUUAAUAUGCAUAGUGAAGUUUAAUCUAGUUGAACACUGGUCCUCCUCCAGGGACCCUAUGUGUUUGGAAAAUUAGACAGGCACCCAAGGAUGGAUGGUGUUGUAUCACCAAAUUUAGCGUGCACAUGAAUCACCUGGAGAUCUUGUUCAAAUGCAGACCCUGAUUCAUGCAGGCUGAGUGGGCUUUGGGGAUGCCCGCACUGCUGGCCCAGGGACUGCACUCUGAAAAGCCAGGACCUACAGGAUACUUAGAAUAAAAACAAAUACAAUUGUAUUUCUGACUCCUCUUCUCUUCACAUUACCUGACUUUUUUAUUUUUAUGCAUGUGCUAAUCACAUCGCUGCUGCAUAACAACACAGUGCAUCUAAAAAAAAAGAAGAAAGAGGAAAAAGAUGCAUCAAGCUUGUUUGUCAAAUACCACAGUAUUUUAUUCAUUGUUAUCUUGCCAAUGGAAAUAAAAUAUGAUAUUGCAUUUAAAUAUUAUAUUUAUACCUCAUGUAUAUUUUUACCUCGAUUGUUGGUAUCAAUCAUCAAUUGUAAAGAAAUAAUUGCCGAG